GUUCAGUUUAAUUUGAUUCAGUUAUCUCUUGUAACCAGACCCAAAAUAGAGACAGUGUGUUUUGUAAAACCUUUCAAUCAAUCAGAUUUGAGCUUGACAAAGAACACUGAAAUUUGAAGAUCUGCGGAAGCUUUUUCAGAUGACGAUGGAUAAAUUAGGGUUUAGUUUGAGAAAAUUGGGAACAUUAUUGGUUUUAAGUUUCAUAGCGUUCUCUGUAUUACUCAUAUUCAGUGUUAAACACCAAAACUCAAUCUUUGAUUUUGUUGGAGGAUUUUCCAACCACAAUGUCUUGAAACAAGGAGCUCAAAAUAUUACAGUUAAAGCAAAAUCACCGGUAGAUAAGGUGUUGGGAGAUAAAGAUCAGAAUGUUGUGACAGGGAUCUUUCAAGAACCACCUCAGACACAAACAAUCUUAGAUAUUGGUCCAAAAAAUCAUUCACUUGAAGACCAAAAGAAGGAUACAUCUCUAUCUUCUAUUAGCAUUGCUAGUGACCAAUUACUUGAUGGACUUCUGGUUUCCGCAUUUGAUGAAUCAUCGUGCUUAAGUAGGUAUCGAUCUCACUUAUACCGUAAAGCUUCCCCUUAUAAACCUUCUGUAUAUCUGAUAUCCAAGCUGCGAAACUAUGAAAGUCUUCAUAGAAGUUGCGGACCUCGUACAAAAUCAUACAAUAAAGUCAUGAGAAAGGGCCCAAAACUUAGCAAAAAUGAUGCAGGUAAAAAUUGCAAAUAUCUUGUCUGGACAGCUUCCAAUGGAUUGGGGAACAGGAUGAUAACCUUGGCUGCAGCCUUUCUUUAUGCUAUCCUCACUGACCGGGUUUUACUCGUCAAAUUUGGGACUGACAUGUUUGGUCUCUUUUGUGAGCCAUUUCCCGAUUCCUCAUGGUUACUUCCAAGGAACUUUCCUUAUUGGAAAGGUCAGAAACAUAUUGAAACAUAUGAAAACAUGCUAAUGAAUAGCAAGAUAAACAGAUCAAAUGGGUUUUUGCCGCAAUUUCUCAUUCUUAAUCUACAGCACACUCAUGAUGGGCAUAACAACUUCUUUCAUUGUGAUCAAAGUCAAGUUCUUCUCCAAAAAGUUCCCGUUCUAAUUUUGUCGUCGGAUCAAUACUUUGUCCCUUCCCUUUUUAUGAUCCCAUCUUUUACACAAGAACUAAGCAACAUGUUCCCUAAGAAAGACACUGUUUUUCACCAUUUGGGGCGCUACCUUUUCCACCCGUCCAAUGAGGCAUGGGAGCUAAUUAGCAGGUUCUAUGAGGCACAUUUAGCCAAGGAAAAUGAGAAAAUUGGCUUGCAGAUUAGAGUAUACAACACUCACCGAGCACCACAUAAAACAAUUAUUAAUGAAAUUCUAGCCUGCACCCUUCAGCAUAAGCUGCUGCCUGAUAUCGGUGUGCCAAAGACAGUAGCGGAGUCUCAUUUAAAGAAGCAGGCAUCAAAAGCUGUUCUAGUGGCAUCUCUAUAUUCCGAAUAUGGUGAGAAGCUGAGGACUAUGUACAAGGCAAAUACAACUGUGACCGGGGAGGUAAUAAAUGUUUAUCAGCCAAGUCAUGAAGGGCGUCAAAAAUCAAAUAAUGACACGCACAAUAUUAAAGCAUGGACGGAAAUAUAUCUGCUGAGUUUGUGUGAUGCAUUGAUCACAAGCCCCAAGUCUACUUUUGGGUAUGUUGCUCAUAGUCUUGGAGGUUUAAAGCCAUGGAUUCUUGAGAGGGCAUAUGGGGAAACCUUCCCAAAUCCACCUUGUCGACGAGCCAAGUCCAUGGAGCCUUGUUUCCAUUAUCCUCCAAAGCAUGAUUGUAGGGCCAACAACACAAUUGAUUUUACUUCCCUUUUUCAUCACAUGAAGCACUGUGAAGAUGUAUCUAGUGGACUGAGGUUGGUCAAUGUUAAUCACUAGAAGCAUUGCCACCAGCACAGAAUUAUUUGCUUGAGACGCCAACCAAUAUCAUUGGUCCUGAAGCACAGUGAAAAAAAUGUUGUUAUCGGUUAGUAGAAUGGAUUUUAUUGAAAUGGUUCCCAAUUCUCGGGUCAGUGAAUUAAUGGAAACCUCACAUGACUGAAGUCCUCUGUUUGUGCUAGUGCUAAUCUAUCGGUGAUGCGAUGAUACACAAAUGAACCUCACACGAAUCAAGUCUUCUGGUGGACAAGUUAUCUGAUGCUUGCAUGGAUAUGCUUAGCUGCUAUUUGUCGGACACUCCUUGAUGUGUUCGGCUUAUGGUCUCUCUGAUAAUUAAUAAGCAUUGUUGAAUCAACCAUUGUGUAAUUUCGGUUCUUAUCUUAGUUGCUGCAUUUUCUGCUACUGGUUUUAGUUAAUUGCAUUGUAAUUAUAUUUUUGGGCUCUUUCAUAAGUUAUGAAGUAGUUAGUUUUGGUUCUAGUUGGGAUAUAAACACUAGGGAGUAUAUUCUUAACUUGUCCAUUGCUUAGUGUGUAAAUGGUUUUACAGGAAGCAAAAUCAAAAGUUGAUUCAAAUAAA